UCGUUAGUCGUCACGACGUCACUAAAUUAUCGUCAGUGUAUGCGCGUGUAUAAAAAUAAUUUAGUCAGGCGAGUGUACAUAUUUUAUAACAGUCGUGAAAUAUUAUGUUAUAAGAAAGCUGUUGCGGCACCGUAAUAUUUGCAUACCUAUUAUACCUAAAUAUACGUACGUCACCAUUCGCUUUUAGACUAGUUAUAGUUCUCCAUCGAUCGAGUAUAGAAACAAUUUAUUUAUAUCAAUCAUUCAAUCGUAAUGUCGGUCUAUGAGAAUGUAGACUAUGAUGGCUUGUUGGCAAAAAUUGACCAAAAAUCAUUUGUGAUCGAUGUCCGUGAACGUCACGAGCUUGCUGCGACUGGAUCGUUACCCAACAGUAUAAAUGUUCCACUUGGCGAGUUAGAAAAUGAUUUAAGUUUGCCUGCUGAAGUAUUCGAGAAAAAAUACAACGUGCCCAAACCCGACAAAGAUAACAACGAAAUCGUAUUCUCCUGUGCCCGGGGAAAUAGAAGUCGCCGUGCAGCUGAAAUCGCUUUCAAACUAGAUUAUAAAAAGUUAUUUAAUUACACAGGCGGUUGGGCCGAAUGGUCGGUAAAAUAUCCAACUACAUAAAAGAUUAUUAUUCUAAUACUAGAAAACAACAAAAUUAAAUAUUAAUAAGCAAUACAUUGUACAUAUUAUACUCUAAGUAGUAAAGUAGGUAUCUAUUACUUUUUACCUACUACAUUGUGAUGAUAAGUGACAAGAUGUCAUAUUUAAAUCAUAAAAAAUUUGCAGUCAUUUUUUAGUAUAAUAGCCACAAAUAUCAACUAUAAUUGUGGAGGAUUUGGGAAUCUAUCUAAUAUCUAAUUACUUAAUAGUUACUAGUUUACUAUUGUCUAUUAUAGCCAAUAAUGUUCCCAAUGGAACACGGAACAUUUUCUUAAUUGACUACAAUUAUUAUUUAUUAUUUAGGAACUACCUACCAAUAGUAUAGUAUAUUUCCUUAUGUCUCAAUGCCUGUAUAUCUAAUGCGAUUUAUCUUUUUAUAUGCCUAAUAAUUUUAAUACUUAAUGGCUAGUACUUAAACAUAUUAUAGUUGAAGUUUAGAUUUUGUAAUUUUUCAUAGACUUAAGAAGGAAGAAAAUUAUAAUUAGUAUA